GCAAAGCAAAGCACAUUGCACUAGCUAGCUUCUGCUUGCUACCAAACACGAUCCAAAUUUGCUCGAGGAAAAGUACAUACACACAUAAGUCCAGAGCUUGUUCCUUUACUUCCUUUCAGCAUCGACGCCGGUGACACCCGACGAUGGGUGUAGCUAAGGUUCCUGCAGUGCUUUGUGUACUGCUAGGUGUGGUGUUCACCUUUGGAACUGCAGUUAGCCCGGCCCAGGCAUCCAGGGCUAAUCACUACGAUUUCUUUAUCAAGGAGGUUAACGUCACCAGGCUCUGCCACGAGAAGACCAUCCUCGCCGUGAACGGCCAGUUCCCCGGCCCGACGAUCUACGCGCGCAAGGGUGACGUCGUCGUCGUCAACGUCUACAACCAAGGCAAUAAGAACAUCACCGUCCACUGGCACGGCGUGGACCAGCCGCGGAACCCGUGGUCCGACGGGCCGGAGUACAUCACGCAGUGCCCCAUCCAGCCCGGCGCCAACUUCACCUACCGGAUCAUCUUUUCCGAGGAGGAGGGCACGCUCUGGUGGCACGCGCACAGCGACUUCGACCGCGCCACCGUGCACGGCGCCAUCGUCAUCCACCCCAAGCGCGGCGCCACCUACCCGUACAAGAAACCCCACAAGGAGAUACCCAUCAUCCUCGGCGAGUGGUGGAACGUCGAAGUGGAGCAAUUGCUCGAGGAGACCAAGCGGAACGGCGGCGACGUCAAUGCUUCGGAUGCGAACACCAUCAACGGCCAGCCCGGCGACUUGUUCCCGUGCUCCAAGGACGGCACCUUCAAGGUGCCCGUGGAGCACGGCAAGACGUACCUGUUCCGGGUCAUCAACGCGGGGCUCACCAACGAGAUGUUCUUCGGCGUCGCGGGGCACCGCCUCACGGUGGUCGGCACCGACGGCCGCUACCUUAAGCCGUUCACCGUCGAGCACAUCAUGAUCUCGCCGGGCCAGACCAUGAACGUGCUCCUCGAGGCCGACCGCGCCACGGACGGCUCAUGCAACAGCCUUUACUACAUGGCCGCAAGGACGUUCUCUACCAACACGGGAAUCCCGUUCGACAACAGCACCGCCACGGCCAUCCUGGAGUACACGGACGCACCGCCCUCCGCGGGGCCGCCGGACUUCCCCAACCUGCCGGCCGUCGACGACAUCGACGCGGCGACGGCGUACACGGCGCAGCUCCGGUCCCUGGUCAGCAAGGACUACCCGGUGGACGUGCCGGAGCACGUCGACGAGCACAUGCUCGUGACGAUCGCCGUCAACGUGGUCGCCUGCGGGCCCAACGAGAAUUGCACGGGCCCCGGAAACAACCGCCUCGCGGCGAGCCUCAACAACGUCAGCUUCGUGAACCCCUCCAUCGACGUCCUCGACGCCUACUACCACUCCAUCCGCGGCGUGUACGAGGCGGACUUCCCCAACAGGCCGCCGUUCGUCUUCAACUACACCGACGCCAACCCGCAGCUCUGGUUCACGAAGAAGGCCACCAAGGUGAAGGUGGUCGAGUACGGCACCGUCGUGGAGGUGGUGUUCCAGGACACGGGCAUCCUCGGCGCCGAGAGCCACCCCAUGCACCUGCACGGGUUCAGCUUCUACACGGUGGGCCGAGGGUUCGGUAACUUCGACGAGAACAAGGACCCGGCCACCUACAACCUGGUAGACCCGCCGUACCAGAACACGGUCUCCGUGCCCAAGGCCGGGUGGGCCGCAAUCCGCUUCCGCGCGGCAAAUCCUGGGGUGUGGUUCAUGCAUUGCCACUUUGAUCGCCACACGGUGUGGGGAAUGGACACUGUGUUUAUUGUGAAAGAUGGCAAGACUCCGGAGGCUCAAAUAAUGCAGCCUCCUCCUAACAUGCCCAAGUGCUGAUGAAAGAGCGGGAUGACAGCAAUUUGCAAGGCAGUCAAGCAAAAAAAAAAAUCCUGGUUAAUUCAUUUAAUUAAUUACUUCGCUAUACAUUUUUUAGCCGAGAUGUACCUCCAAUAUAUUGCUCAGUUGAGAUACAUGAAAUUAGUGCUGUUUGUAUAUUAUUCCAUUUGGUUGGAAGAGAAUAAUCCAUUUGCUGUAUCACUUAAUUGUUUUGGUUGCUUGUAAAUUGUAAUUCAUUCUUCAAGUGUAAUUAAACGAUGUUUUAUUAUGGGCUUAUGUUUUGUGUCUAAUGCAACUCAAUAUAGACAGACGUUUCACAUU